AUGGCCUUCUCUAGUAUCUUUGUUAAGCCCAAUCAUUCACUUCUCCCAUUCCACAUACACAAAGCUCCAACUCCAAAUUGUGGUGGCAGAACACAGUUCUGUGUGAGAGCUUCAGUAAAUAAUGCAGGCGAUGGGGGAAGGACUAUUAUAAGAAAAGAGAACGAUGAGUGGAAGAUCGAUUACGCUUGUGAGAAACCAGCAACACCAUUGUUGGAUACAGUUAACGACCCGAUUCACAUUAAGAACUUAUCCACACAGGAUCUUGAAAAACUUGCAGCAGAGCUAAGAGCAGAUCUUGUACACACUCUGUCAAACAUUGGUGGGCAUCUUAGCUCAAGCUUGGGGGUGGUGGAAUUAACAGUUGCUCUGCAUUAUGUUUUCAGCACCCCAGACGACAAGAUCCUUUGGGAUGUUGGGCAUCAGGCAUACGCCCACAAGAUUCUUACAGGUAGAAGGUCACUAAUGCACACCAUUAAGAUGACUUCAGGGCUAGCAGGUUUUCCUAAAAGGGAUGAGAGCAUUCAUGAUGCUUUUGGAGUAGGACAUAGUUCUACAAGCAUAUCUGCUGGUCUUGGCAUGGCAGUUGCACGUGAUCUAUUGGAAAAGAAGAACAAUGUAAUUUCAGUGAUUGGAGAUGGAGCAAUGACUGCUGGGUUAGCGUAUGAGGCCAUCAACAAUGCAGGAUUCCUUGAUACUAACUUGAUAGUUGUACUUAAUGACAACAAGCAAGUCUCUUUGCCAACUGCUACUCUCGACGGCCCUGCAACUCCAGUUGGAGCCCUUAGUAGGACUUUAAGCAAAAUUCAAGCUAGCAUAGAAUUCCGCAAGAUCAGAGAUACUGCAAAAAACAUAACCAAGCAAAUAGGAGGACAAAAACACCAAGUUGCAGCAAAAGUUGAUGAGUAUGCAAGAGGUAUGAUUAGUGCUUCUGGUUCUACACUUUUUGAGGAGCUUGGAUUAUACUACAUCGGCCCCGUGGAUGGUCAUAACAUCGAAGAUCUGGUCCUCAUUUUUGAGAAAGUGAAAGCAAUGCCUACACUAGGUCCUGUUUUGAUUCAUGUUGUGACAGAAAAAGGAAAGGGAUACCCGCCAGCUGAAGCAGCAGCUGAUAAAAUGCAUAAUGUUGCCAAGUUUGAUCCAAAAACAGGACGCCAGUUUAAGCCAAAAUCGUCUACACUUUCAUAUAACCAGUACUUUGCUGAAUCUCUGAUCAAGGAAGCUGAAAUUGACAAAAACAUAGUUGCUAUUCACGCAGCAAUGGGAGGAGGGACUGGCCUGAAUUAUUUCCAGAAAAGGUUUCCUGAGCGUUGUUUCGAUGUUGGGAUAGCUGAACAACAUGCUGUUACCUUUGCAGCUGGAUUAGCUACUGAAGGUUUCAAACCUUUUUGUGCUAUUAGUUCGUCAUUCCUGCAGCGCGGAUAUGAUCAGGUAGUCCACGAUGUUGAUCUUCAAAAGCUACCUGUUCGAUUUGCUGUGGAUAGAGGUGGAUUAGUUGGUGGGGAUGGACCAACCCACUGUGGAGCAUUUGAUAUCACUUUCAUGGCUUCUUUGCCCAACAUGGUGGUUAUGGCUCCAUCUGAUGAAGCUGAACUGAUGCAUAUGGUUGCAACCGCCGCAGCUAUAGAUGAUAGACCAAGCUGCUUUAGAUUCCCAAGGGGCAAUGGAAUUGGAGCCAGUCUUCCUCUCAAUAACAAAGGAACUCCACUUGAGAUAGGAAAAGGAAGAAUUCUGAUAGAAGGUAGCCGAGUCGCUCUUUUGGGAUACGGUUCCAUGGUUCAACGAUGUCUGCAAGCUGCAGAAAUGCUUAAAACAAUAGGUGUUUAUGUGACAGUUGCUGAUGCUAGGUUCUGCAAGCCAUUAGAUACUGAUCUCAUUCAACUACUAGCUAAAGAGCAUGAAGUACUCAUUACAUUGGAAGAGGGUUCUAUUGGAGGUUUUGCAUCCCAUGUUUCACAAUUCUUAAGCAUAUCUGGUAUCCUUGAUGGACCUCUGAAGUGGAGACCAAUGAUGCUUCCUGAUAAAUAUAUUGAGCAUGGAUCUGCCCAAUUUCAGAAUGAAGAAGCAGGUCUUUCCUCAAAGCAUGUUGCUGCUACAGUCUUGUCUCUUAUAGGAAGGGCAAAAGAAGAUCUUCUGCUCAAUUAACAGAACAAAUGGAAUAAGGAUCUUGACCUGGAGCUUAAAGAUACAUCUUUUUUCCUGGAAUACACCGGUUAACAUUGUGGUUGAGACUUGAGAGGAAGAUCUAAAUUUAGGAAUAAUGGUCAAGUUUUAUUAGUAUGGAUUGCUUUUCUAUUUUCAGCAGUUACAAUUAAUUGAUAUUUAAU